UCCUCUCCGUCGCCAUGUCCCUCAGCGGCUGCUCCAGGAACCUCCCCGGCUCCCACAGGGGCCCCCUGCGCCCCCCCGGCUCCUCCUGUGGCUCCCACCCCAGCAACCUGGUCUACAGCCCGGCCCCCUGCACCCCCAGCCCCUGCCCGCAGGGCCCCUCUCUCCACGGGGGCCGCCAGGAGACCUGCUGGGAGCCCCCCAGCUGUGGCCCCAGGACCUCCUCGCUCUGCAGUCCCUGUGGGCCGACCCGCCUUGGGUCCCUGGGCUGUGGGUCCCCUGGCGUCAGGCCUCUGGGUCACGGGGUCUGUGGGCUCCCUCCCCGGAGCUAUGGGUCCGGGUUCUGCCGCCCCACCUGCUCGCCUUCGAGGGUCACCCAGGCUUGUUGCUACCGACCAGCCUGGGGCUCCAGCCGCCGCUGAGCGUCGCACUGAGUCCCCCCGGGCCGGCCCACCAGCAGCGCCUGUGUCAGACCCGCUCUGUCUUCACCAGCAACGAUGCAUCGGUCCCUGUUCUCCAUCAACUUCUCACCUCGUCUCUGGCCCCAAAUACGACGGAAAGACUUUAUCUCAAAAAUUCCAUAAUUAAUGGAUGAGCUCUCCACUGGGAAUGGAAUGAAUAACACUGGAAUCUCUUCCAAAGUUGUAUGAGACGCCGAGUCAUUAUACUCUAAUACAGUAAUUAAUG